GCAAAUAUAAACCACACGGGAUCUUUCUCUCUCACUCUUAUCUGCCCGUCUGCCCCUUCUCCCGUCUAUAUAAACAAAUACACUUGUCCCGUAGUUAUAUUUUACAAAACCAAUUUCGUAUUUUCCAGAUUGCUCAUCAUUUUCACUUUUCCAAACCUUUUCCCCAAAUUCAAAAACCCCUAAUUGUUCGUGGAUCAUCUAAAUUCUCCCCAAUUCAACGGCAUCUCCCUCCAAUUCAAUUAAAUCUUCAUGCUUAAACCCUGGAAACCCUCAAUUUCUCUCUCCUUUCCCCGCAAUUUCGUAUGCUAGGGUUUGAUCAAGGGGUUUUACCAUCGGAACCCUAGAAAUUCCAUGAAAUUAUGGUUAAUUUUGAUGCCGGCGAAGUCACUGAUACCGUUAAAAUCUAUAAGCAUACGGAAACCUCCAAUCUUUCCUCCUCGAAGUCCGUAAUCGAAACUGCAAAUGGGUCCCACCGUUUCGAAAUCAAGGGGUAUUCCCUCGCCAAAGGCAUGGGUGCUGGAAAAUACAUUUCCAGUGAUAUUUUUACCGUAGGUGGGUAUGAUUGGGCGGUAUAUUUCUAUCCGGAUGGGAAAAACCCCGAAGAUAACUCGAGCUACGUUUCGGUAUUUUUAGCGUUGGCGAGUGAUGGGACGGAUGUUCGGGCGUUGUUUGAAUUGACGUUGGUGGAUCAAACUGGGAACAAGAAACACAAGGUUCAUAGUCAUUUUCAUCGCGCUCUCGAAAGCGGUCCUUAUACUUUGAAGUAUAAAGGGAGUAUGUGGGGCUACAAGCGUUUUUUCAGGAGAGCUUCCUUGGAGCAGUCCGAGUUUUUGAAGAAUGAUUGUCUUCUAUUGGAGUGCACUGUCGGAGUUGUUAGAAGUCGGAUGGAGAGACCCAAACAAUAUAGUAUAAACAUUCCACCGUCUGAUAUGGGUAGGUCCUUUAAGGAUUUGCUUGAGAAUGAAAUUGGGUGCGACAUUGUUUUCAAAGUUGGCGAUGAGAAAUUCAAUGCCCAUAAGUUGGUGCUUGCUGCUCGUUCUCCUGUAUUUAGAGCACAGUUCUUUGGACUUGUGGGAAACCCAAAUAUGGAUACAGUGGUUGUGGAAGAUGUUGAACCUUCCAUUUUUAAGGCUAUGCUAUUGUACAUAUACUCUGACAGUCUUCCUGAUGUUCAUGAAAUAAUGGGUUCAAAUUCUUCUUGCUCGUUUGCAAUAAUGGUGCAACAUUUGUUGGCUGCUGCUGAUCGUUUUGACCUAGACAGGUUGAAAAUAUUAUGCGAAUCCAAAUUAUGUGACGAGAUUACCGUCGAAACUGUGACUACGACCCUCUCACUGGCUGAGCAGCACAGAUGUGCGCAGUUGAAGAGAGCCUGUUUGAAAUUUGCUGCAGCAAACUUGAACGCGGUGAUGCAUUCUGAAGGAUUCAGGUACAUGGAAGAGAGUUGUCCCUCACUGCUGUCCGAACUACUGCAGACUGUCGCCUCAGUUGAUGAUGGUGGUUUGCCAUUAAGCAAGAAAAGGAGCAGCAGCAGCGUGGUCGGGCUAGAUCUUGGUGCAGAUAGAGGAAAUCCUGCAGAAUCAGUGAACCCCAAUGGCAGACGUCUCAGGAGACGCCUUUAGUACAAACCCAGCUGUAUUAGGGCACAGAUUUUACUUUUUAGUGCUUUCUUUACCAUCCACCUUAAUAUAAAUUAAGGUGGUGUUAAUAGCAGGUUAACUUGGAUCAUGUCAUAUCAAUGAAUGGGUCACUACUUACCUUGUGCCCUUGUUUCAGUAUAGAAAUUUUCUUCAAAUUUGGUUUGCAUUCUUUUAAUUUGCUCUGGGUAAAUUAGGAUCAUAUCUUAAUAUUUGUUGUAGAUAGCAAAGAUGAUAGUUCCUGACUGUUGGCCUUUUUCUUUUUCUUUUUCUUUUUCUUUUUUUUAAGGAAAAGCUACUGGCUGUUGAAUUGAUGGAGCGUCAGAUGAAAAAAUGUUUGGUGUGAGUAGUAUUUCGAAUAGUUCCAACUA